AUGGUGGUGGAUGUGCUGGCGGCCGUGGAAGUGGCCGUUUUGGUGGUCGUGGUGGCCAUCAUGGUGGUGGUGGUGGCCAUCGUGGUGGUGGUGGUGGCUUGGUGGUGGCACUGGUGGUGGUUUUGUGUUGUGGUGUUGGUGGCCGUGGUGGUGGUGGUGGUAGUGGUUAUGGUGGUUGUGGCUGUUGGUUGUGGUGGUGGCUGUGGUUGUGGUCAUUGUUGUGGUGUUGGUGGCCGCGGUGGUGGUGGUGGUGCCAGUAGUGGUGGUGGUGGUGGUGGUUGCCGUGGUGAUGGCUAUGAUUGUGGUGGUGGUGCCCAUGGUGGUGGUGGUUGUCGUGAUGGUGGUGGUAGUUAUGGUGUUGUUCUUGGCUGUGGUGGUGGUCGCGAUAGUGGUGGUGGUUUUCGUGAUGGUGGUGGUGGAUGUGGUGGUGGCCGUGAUGGUGGUUGUGGUGUUCGUGGUGGUAGCCGAGGGGGUGGUGGUCGUAGUGGUGGUUUUGGGCCUAGUGGUGGUGAUGGGCCUAGUAGUGGCCAUGAUGGUGGUUGUGGUGGUGGACGUGGUUGGGAUGGUGGUGGGAGUGGUGGUGGUUGUUGUGGUGUCGUGGUUGUGGAUGUUGUGGUGGUGGUGGUGGUGGGGGUGGUGGUUGUGGUUGUCUGCCGCCGCACCUCCACACCAUUGCCGGCGACGCACCAACAACCACGGCAGCAACCAUCUUCAACCUCCAUCUCCAACGCACCUGUCCUCGCCGCGAACUGCACCUGCAACGCGCGCGCCACCACCAUCUCCACACAAGAACUGCACCACGCGCGCGCCGUUUCCGACAACCAUCGCAGCUCCACGCGCCUCCAUCUUCUCCCGCAGACACCACCGCGCCGCGCCACCACGCCGGAAAACACUGCAGAACCACCGCGAUGCAGCACUUCCAUUUUCUCUCCAUCAUCUUCUUCGUCGUCACGGCAGCGCAGUUCCGUCACCACUGCAUCUAGCCUCGCAAGCCACCUUCGGAUUCACGACCACCGCGCAUCUUCUUCCUUCACGCAUUGCAGCGCCGUCCACGCCACCAUGAACGAGAACGCACCAUGGCAGCCCACCAUUUUCGCACCAGCAGCGUCCACAAACCUUCACCACCACGCCUUCGUCGUCGGAGAAGGAGGAGCAGCCGCGCCGUCAUCCACAAGCCUCCAUGAAACCCUAAACGCAGCAAACCCUAGUCUGGGAGAGAGAAGUGCACUCUGCGCCACUGGUUGUUAUGGUGGUGGUGGUGGUGGUGGUGGUGGUUGUGAUGGUGGUGGCGGUCGUCGUCAGCAUGGUUGUCAAAUUUGUAGUGUUGGUAGUCGUGGUGGUGGUGGUGGUGGUUAUGGUGGGAUUCCUGACAAUGGUGUUGGUGGUGGUGGUGGUGGUGGUGGAUGUGAUGGUGGUCGUGAUAGUGGUUUCGAUGCUCAUGGUGGUAGUCGCGGUGGUGGUGGCAGUGGUAGUGGUGGUGAUGGCCCUGUUGGUUACCAUGGUGGUGGCCGUGGUAGUGGUAGUGAUGAUGGUUGUGGUGGUGGUGGUGGUUAG